AUGUCUGCUCUAUUUGUGCGGCCCUACGAUCCAGUCAAAGACUUUGAGAGCGGUCUUCAAGUUUUCUUCGGAACCAUUGAGUCAACGUUAGAUUGCGAACCCACACGUACGAUCGGAUCCUACCUCUGGUAUAGACCAUACGUGCUCCUUACGCCAGUCACUUGCUUUGUCCUUGACGAUGGGACGGGCUGUGUAGUCGGCUACUGUAUCGGCACCUCAAAUACUUCGAACUUUGCAGAAAAAUGGAUAAAGGAGUUUGCACCUAGCGUGCCACUGGAAGAAGUCCCGAAACCCAGCGUGCAAACACAGGAUCCAGGGGUGGAGCAGGAAGUGUCCCGGAACUUCAGGCAUGCAGUUCACAAUGCAGGAUGCAGUUCAUUGCAAGAGUGGCCAGAGGAGUUGGAGAAGUACCCUGCCCACAUGCACAUCGAUAUCCUCGAAAAAUUCCGUAGAAAGGGCUGGGGUUCAGCUUUGAUCAAGGCGCUGUUCGAUGCUGUCAAACGCCAAGGAGCACCCGGGAUACACCUUGACAUGGUACGGUGGAAUACUACUGGCAGAAACUUCUAUGAGAAGAUUGGAUUUGAACGGUGUUCUCUGGUGCUGGAUAACGGCAAGAGCGGGGAAACUGGUAUGAACGACGUGGUCCUAACACUAGUGAAGACUCUCUGA